CUGCGGGCCGAGUUGCCCGAGCAGCCGGGCCUGUCGCUCACGCUCGCGGGCUCGAAGCGCGACCUCUGCCCAAAGGCGCGGCAGGUCAAGACGCAGGAUGCCAAGGCCGUGGCGGCAGCCAACGGCGCGAGCUAUCUGGAGGUGAGCGCGAGGGACGGGAUGAACGUUGCGGAGCUAUUUGCCGCCGUCGCGGCGAGCGUCGACCCCGAGAGCCGGCCCGCCUCCCGCGGCGUUAAGCUCGACGACUCGAGUCGAGACGGCCGCCGCGACUGGCCCGGCUGCUGCUAG